CCGGGGACCGCGCUGAGCUCAGCCGCCGAGCCCGGAGCGAGCGCAGCCUCGUGCCCGCGCCGUCCCCGCGCCCGUCCCUGCCGCCCGCAGCCUCGUCCUCGCCGCCGCCGCCGCCGCCCCCGGGGCAUGGCCUGUCUGAUGGCCGCUUUCUCGGUCGGCACCGCCAUGAAUGCCAGCAGCUACUCGGCAGCAAUGACGGAGCCCAAGUCUGUGUGCGUGUCGGUGGACGAGGUGGUGUCCAGCAGCAUGGAUCCCACCGAGACGGACCUGCUCAACGGGCACCUGAAGAAGGUGGACAACACGCUGACCGAGGCCCAGCGCUUCUCCUCGCUGCCGCGGAGGGCGGCCGUGAACAUCGAGUUCAAGGACCUGUCCUACUCGGUGCCCGAGGGGCCCUGGUGGCGGAAGAAAGGCUACAAGACCCUGCUGAAGGGCAUUUCCGGCAAGUUCAACAGCGGGGAGCUGGUGGCCAUCAUGGGGCCUUCCGGGGCUGGCAAGUCCACGCUCAUGAACAUUCUUGCUGGGUACAGGGAGACCGGCAUGAAGGGGGCCGUGCUCAUCAAUGGGCAGCCCCGGGACCUGCGCUGCUUCCGGAAGGUGUCCUGCUACAUCAUGCAGGAUGACAUGCUGCUCCCACACCUCACCGUGCAGGAGGCCAUGAUGGUCUCAGCACACCUGAAGCUGCAGGAGAAGGACGAGGGCAGGAAGGAGAUGGUCAAGGAGAUCCUGACGGCGCUGGGCUUGCUGCCCUGUGCCCACACACGGACGGGCAGCCUCUCAGGCGGGCAGCGGAAGCGCCUGGCCAUCGCGCUGGAGCUGGUGAACAAUCCCCCUGUCAUGUUCUUCGACGAGCCCACCAGUGGCCUGGACAGCGCCUCAUGCUUCCAGGUGGUGUCACUGAUGAAGGGGCUGGCCCAGGGUGGCCGCUCCAUCAUCUGCACCAUCCACCAGCCCAGCGCCAAGCUCUUCGAGCUCUUCGACCAGCUUUAUGUCCUGAGUCAAGGCCAGUGUGUUUACCGGGGGAAGGUCUCGAAUCUCGUACCCUACCUGCGGGAUUUAGGCCUGAACUGCCCGACCUACCACAACCCUGCUGACUUUGUCAUGGAGGUAGCGUCGGGGGAGUACGGCGACCAGAACACGCGGCUGGUGCGGGCCGUCCGUGACGGCAUGUGCGACUCGGACUACAAACGGGAGCUGGCAGCUGACGCCGAGGUGAACCCCUUCCUGUGGCACCGGCCCUCGGAGGAGGUGAGCCUGGGUGGCUCCUGGGCGGGAGGGUGGGAGGGCGGCAGCCUGGUGCCCGGCAGGCGGCUCACUGCUGCCCCCUGCUGCCCCACCCAGGACUCGGCGUCUAUGGAGAGCUGCCACAGCUUCUCGGCCAGCUGCCUCACCCAGUUCUGCAUCCUCUUCAAAAGGACCUUCCUCAGCAUCAUGCGGGACUCGGUCCUGACGCACUUGCGCAUCACAUCGCACAUCGGCAUCGGGCUGCUCAUCGGGCUGCUCUACCUGGGCAUCGGCAACGAGGCCAAGAAGGUCCUGAGCAACUCGGGCUUCCUCUUCUUCUCCAUGCUCUUCCUCAUGUUCGCCGCGCUCAUGCCCACCGUGCUCACCUUCCCCCUGGAGAUGGGCGUGUUCCUGCGUGAGCACCUGAACUACUGGUACAGCCUGAAGGCCUACUACCUGGCCAAGACCAUGGCCGACGUGCCCUUCCAGGUCCUUUUCCCCGUGGCCUACUGCAGCAUCGUGUACUGGAUGACGUCACAGCCCUCCGACGCCCUGCGUUUUGUGCUGUUCGCCGCCUUGGGCACCAUGACCUCGCUGGUGGCCCAGUCGCUGGGGCUGUUGAUCGGGGCAGCAUCCACAUCCCUGCAGGUGGCCACCUUCGUGGGCCCGGUGACGGCCAUCCCUGUGCUCCUGUUCUCCGGCUUCUUCGUCAGCUUUGACACGAUCCCCACCUACCUGCAGUGGAUGUCCUACAUCUCCUACGUCAGGUACGGGUUUGAGGGCGUCAUCCUGUCCAUCUACGGGCUGGACCGGGAGGACCUGCACUGCGACGCGGACGACACGUGCCACUUCCAGAAGUCGGAGGCCAUCCUGCGGGAGCUGGACGUGGAGCACGCCAAGCUCUACCUGGACUUCCUGGUGCUGGGCGUCUUCUUCGUGUCUCUGCGCCUCAUCGCCUACUUUGUGCUGCGCUACAAGAUCCGGGCCGAGAGGUAAAGGCCGCGGCGCCCUUGGCAGACUCUGGCCGCAAAGGAAACUUCUGGAACCCUGGCGGCCGGCUGUGCCCAUGGACCCAGGGCCGCCGCGCCCCACAGGAAAAGCGCAGGGAAGGGACCUGCGGCACCGGACUCUGGCAGCCGGGAAACACAGUCCCUCCGCCCUGGACGGCGGGCGGGUCAGCCUCCGGCCGAGUGGCCGCUCCGUCCUCAGGGGCGAGGCCGGCGUGGACAGCUCUCGUGCCCGCGGGCAGUUCUGUCUUGGUGCCCGCGUGCAGCACGGCUGGACAGUCAGGCUGGGCAGGAGUA